AUGGCCCCCAUAGUAUCGGAUAUGAAGGUACAUUUCCGCCACGAUAGAUCCAUUACUCAGAUGAUGUUGGAGAACACUACAAAUGUCGAUCCUAGCAAGGUCAUUAGUGAAGAUAUCCUAACGGGCAAAGCUACUACUUAUGGAAAUUUGCGCGAGGAGGCAUUCAAGGCUGCUUGGAUAUUCAGACAUCGUCUGGGACUGAAAAUCGGAGAGACCGUUACUAUCAUUGGGAGAAGUUGCGUUAGUUCUGCCUUUGCCCAGGUGGAUUAUAUUAUUGCAACGCAUGCUAUUUGGGCAGCCGGUGGGAUUGUCAGUACAAUCAACCACUCUUCAUCUGCACAAGAGAUCGCCCACGCUGUUAAGCUCAUCAAGCCCCAGUUUGUCAUUGUCGAUGGUAUAUACCACAAGAAGCUGUGUGAAGCCCUCACUCUGGCCCAAACUGGAGAUGUGACGAUUUCGACAAUGGUGUCUAGAUUGGAUGGCCACCUUCUGUUCCCUAGCGACUUCGUCACCUGGGACGCGAAGCGAGUGGAGCCCGAAGCCUACGUUCUCGAUGGGCAAGAUGCGCGGACCAGAUGUGCGGCACUGGUCUUAUCUAGCGGGACCACUGGCCUUCCCAAGGCUGUCAUGUUGUCACACUAUAACUUGACUGGUAUUUGUGAAGCACUGCGUGGUCAUAAUCCCGAGAACUGGAGAGAGUCGAUGAGAGAAGUGUUUUUCCCGCCUUUAUCACAUAUCUAUGGUCUAUAUGUGUGCGCAUUGAUGGGGCCUUGGCUUGGCUACUAUGUGUGCAUGGUGCCUCAGUUCGAGCUGAAUACUUACUGUCGGCUUAUGUCUGAAAAGUCUGCAACAUUGGCACGACUCGUGCCACCAGUUGCUGUCAUGCUCGCAGAGAAUCCAAUUGUUGACAAGUAUCAAUAUCCCAACCUUGAGUACUUUUCCUGUUCGGCAGCACCAUUGAAGCCGGCAAUUGCGUCAAGACUACGAAAUCGAUUUCCUUCAGUUAGCUUGUGCCAAAGUAGUGGCGUGAGAGACAAGGAUGCUCCUCUAGUUGCUGCGGGCACUCUACUUGCCAAUGUCAAGAUUCAAUUCCUGGACGAACAAGGCAAAGAGGUACCCACUGGCCAACCAGGAGAGAUUGUGGUUUCCACACCCACCAUCAUGCUAGGGUACAAGGAUAAUGAGGAGGGAACACGCGAGAGUAUGCAUGGGCCGGAAUGGUACAAAACAGGAGACCUUGGAUACCUGGACGACAAAGGCUAUUUGAUAAUUGUGGACCGACUGAAGGAUGUCAUCAAAUACAAAGGGUAUUUUAUCCAAGCUUUCCAGAUUAGCCCCACCGAGCUAGAGGAGAUAAUUGGAAGACAUCCUAUGGUAAAAGACUCCGGUGUCACUUCAAUCUGGGACGAUGUGGAAGGCACUGAAAUUCCUCUUGCGUUCGUUGUUCCGAAAACCCCGAUUUUAUCGAUUAAUAGAGAGAGACUGGCGAAGGAAAUUCGGAAUCUUGUGGCGGGAGAAGUGGCGGGCUACAAGAAAUUGAGAGGAGGAGUGUGGUUUAUUGAUCAAUUGCCCCGAAAUCCGACUGGGAAAAUGCUUAGGCGGGAGCUACGCGAAAAGGCUGCAUUGAAGGCACACCUAUAG